AUGAAUCCAUUUUGUAAAAGUCCAACUAGUCAUGGAGGUGGAGGUGGUCAUAUGAAUUAUCCGAUAAGAAAUGUUUCUAUGAAUACACCAAUAACAGGUGGUUUAAUCAACCAAACUAUCACUACUACUACUGGUACUGGUACUACUACUACUACUACAAAUAAUAAUCAUAGUAACAUUCAAACAAUUGGAGAGAGAAUUAUUCAACAAUCAACAGACUAUAUGACAAAUAAUAAGUCACAAAAACAUCAGCGUCGUCUAACUAAACGUGGUACCAGUUCUCGUCUAUAUGUUGCUGCUACUGGUGGUGGUACACAAUCUAGCAAUCCUUUAAAAUCUAGUAAAUCGAAUAGUCGAUCCUACAGUAUGGCUGAACAUGAUCCAAAAGGAUUUGCACAAAUUUUAUCGGAUAAAUUACAACGUCUAUUAGAAAAUCAAUUGGUUACAGAACGUCUUGACAAUCUUAUGAUUGAGAACAGUCCGAAUAUUCAAGAGAGUCAAGAAUAUACAGAUAGUGUUAGUGAUACUCUCGGUGGUAAUAUUAAUAAGUUAAGAGAAGAAGGAGGAGAAGUUGUUGAUAGUGAUGAGUUAGUUACAAGUGAAAAAUAUUGUAUUACAAAUCCUUGUACAACAGUUAACAAUUUAACAGUUUCUAUGGUAAAUACUACUGUCACAAAUGCUUCUAUUACUACUACUACUACUACUACUACUACUACUACUACCAGUCGACUUGUUGGUGUUGGUUCAGCAGCUCCUUCAGUACUUCAACGUCCAUGGGCUGAUAAAUUACUGGCUGCUGCACGUGUUCAACAUGAGAAUACACGAGAAAAUGCUCAGGCUAUUCUUGAGGAUCACUGUUCUCGAAUAUGGGCUGAUCGUACAGCUGAUCGUACACCUAGUAGUGGUGGAGGUAGUGGAAGUGGUGAUGGUGGAGUUACAAUUGAUCUAAAUAAUAUAUGCUCAUCAAGCAGACUACAAGAUUCUACACAUGACAAUCAACUUCGAAGAAAUUUAUGUUCUGAUAGGAGCGAUCAUUCAUUUAUGUCUCCUGUUGAAGGAUAUAAAUAUGAAUCUUAUCAUCAUUCGAUUACCCCUUUAGUUCCACCUCAAUCUCUGGUGUAUACUAGUAGAUCAUGUGGCGGUGGCGGCAGCGGCAGCGGUGAUGGUGGUGGUAGUAAUUGGUCACAUUCAUCUGGUAUAGUAAACAAUUCAAGUACAUUCAAUUAUAUAGAAGAUAUUUCAGCAUCACAACAAACAACACAACAUUAUGAAGAUAAGUCUUUAUGUUGUAUAAGUGAUGUAAAACAAAAGUCUAGUAAUUGGACUGAUGAACAACAGGUUAAACAACCUAUAAAUUCUUAUAACAAAUCUGAAAGUAUUAUUGAGUCAUCUGCAACGAAAUCAUUACCGGUUGUCCCGCCUUGGUUUGCAGCAUUCCCUGAGUCUAGUUAUUCGUCACAUAAAAAAUCUGAUGAUAAUAUCCAAUCAAUAACACAUUGUAUGGAACAUGUAGUUGAUUCCUAUGGUGAUGGUGGCGGUGGUGAUGAUCAUCGAACAGAUAACAGUCCACCUGUCUCCUCUCAUGAAGAAAAUCAUAGUUCUGCUCCAACGAAUACAACUUCGCAAUCAACUCAUUCUUCAUCAACUUCUGCUGUUUCUGGUACAUCAAACUCUACACCAGGUAGUUCUGGUCUCUGUUCAAAUUCACUUGUCAUUGGUUAUUAUAUGGGUGAUGAUCCUGUACCGUAUCGAAGUUUAUGGCCAUCAUCAGAAAUCACUCUUGGUCAGUUUAAACAGUUAAUACCGAAAAAGAAAGGUUUAUUUAGAUAUUUCUUCAAGAAAGCUUCAGAUGAAUUUGAUUCAGGUGUAGUUCAUCAAGAGAUCACUAAUGAAGAUACUGUUCUCCCAUUAUGGGAAGUUUCUGCGCCUUUCCAAAUUUUCCAAUGCGGUUAG